AGUAAACACAGCCUCAUCAUCCAGCCCAGCGGGUCUGUUGCAUUCCACACCGGCCAGAUUGCAGUCACCACAGCGCUCUCCCUUCCUGGGAGGAUGAGUGAGCUUCGCCUCCAGGGGAGAUGUGUGCGGGCAAUUCUCAUCUCUGUACCCCUCGUCCUCCUGGGCUGCUGGGGACUCCCUGAUUUCCGGCAGCAGUUUCUUCAGGCUUUGGAGCCAGAGGAAGUGACCGCUUACUUUGGCCCUGACGCUGCCUCUGAAGGACCCUGGCUGUCGGCCCUGCCCCCUGCCCCGCCAGGCCGUCCUCCCGCCCCUCGCCUCCGGAGACGGGCUGCCAGGAGCCUCCUGCACCUGGAGCUGCUGGUGGCCGUGGGCCCCGACAUGCACCGGGCUCACCGGGAGGACACGGAGCGCUACGUGCUCACCAACCUCAACAUGGGGUCAGAGCUGCUUAGGGACCCGUCCCUGGGAGCUCAGUUCCGAGUGCACCUGGUGAAGAUGGUCAUCCUGACGCAGCCUGAGGACGCUCCGACUAUCACAGCCAACAUCACCGCAUCACUGCUGAGCGUCUGUGAGUGGAGCAGGGCGGUCAACCCUGAGGAUGACGCGGAUCCCAGCCAUGCUGACCUGGUCCUCUACAUCACCAGGUUUGACCUGGAAUUGCCUGAUGGGAACCGGCAGGUUCGGGGGGUCACCCAGCUGGGUGGCGUCUGCUCCCCCUCCUGGAGCUGCCUUAUCACUGAGGAUACCGGCUUCGAUCUGGGGGUCACCAUCGCCCAUGAGAUUGGGCACAGCUUCGGCCUGGAGCACGAUGGCGCGCCGGGCAGCGGCUGCGGGCCCAGCGGCCACGUGAUGGCUUCCGACGGCGCCGCGCCCGCCCGCGGGGGCCCGGCGUGGUCCCCCUGCAGCCGCCGGCAGCUGCUGAGCCUGCUCAGCGCAGGACGGGCGCGCUGCGUGUGGGACCCGCCGGGGCCGCAGGCCCAGCCCGCGGGGCGCCCUUCCGAGGCGCACCCCGGCCUGUACUACGGCGCCGACGAGCAGUGCCGCGUCGCCUUCGGCCCGAUGGCGGUCGCCUGCACCUUCCGCAGGGAACACCUAGACAUGUGCCAGGCUCUCUCCUGCCACACAGACCCCCUGGACCAGAGCAGCUGUAGCCGCCUCCUUGUUCCUGUCCUGGAUGGGACAGAGUGUGGCGUGGGGAAGUGGUGCUCCAAGGGGCACUGCCGCUCCCUGGCAGAGCUGGCCCCUGUGGGGGCGGUGCAUGGGCACUGGUCUAGCUGGGGUCCGGCCAGUCCUUGCUCCCGCUCCUGCGGAGGAGGUGUGGUCACCAGGAGACGGCAGUGCAACAACCCCAGACCUGCCUUUGGGGGGCAUGCGUGCAUAGGUGCUGACCUCCAGGCCAAGAUGUGCAACAGCCAGGCCUGCGAGAAGACCCAGCUGGAGUUUAUGUCGGAGCAGUGCGCACAGACCAACGGGGAGCCCCUGCGCCUCUCCCUGGGCAGCACCUCCUUCUACCGCUGGGGCACGGCUGAGCAGUACAGUCGAGGGGACGCUCUGUGUAGAUAUCUGUGCCGGGCCGUUGGGGAGAGCUUCAUUGUGAGGCGUGGGGACAGUUUCCUGGAUGGGACACGGUGUGUGCCAGGCAGCCCUCAGGAGGAUGGGACCCUGAGCCUGUGCGUGUCAGGCAGCUGCAAGACGUUUGGCUGUGACGGCAGGAUGGCCUCCGGGCAGGUGCGAGAUGUGUGCCAGGUGUGUGGCGGGGACAACAGCACGUGCCGUCCGCAGAACGGCUCUUUCACGGCCGGAAGAGCCAGAGAGUACGUCACAUUCCUGACCGUUACCCCCAACCUGACCAGCAUAUACAUCAUCAACCGCAGGCCUCUCUUCACGCACCUGGCAGUGAGGAUCCGUGGGCGCUAUGUCGUGGCCGGGAAUGGGAGCAUCUCUCCCAGCACCACCUACCCCUCCCUCCUGGAGGAUAGCCACGUCCAAUACAAAUUGACCCUGACUGAGGACCGGCUGCCCCGCCUGGAGGAGAUCCGCAUCCAGGGCCCCACCCAGGACGACAUGGAGAUCCAGGUUUACAGGCGCUACGGGGAGGAGUACGGCAGCCUCGCCCGCCCAGACAUCACCUUCACCUACUUCCAGCCUGAGCGCCGGCCGGCCUGGGCGUGGGCUCCCGUGCGGGGGGCCUGCUCGGUGAGCUGUGGGGCAGGGCUGCGCUGGGUGACCCACAGCUGUCGGGACCAGGCCACGAACGAGUGGGCGGAGGCUGCCCGGUGCGCAGGGAGCCGGCAGCCGGCGGCGUGGUCCGAGUCGUGUGCCCCCAUGCCCUGUCCCCCAUCCUGGGCGGCCGGAGACUUCGGCCCAUGCAGUGCCUCCUGCGGAGGGGGCCUGCAGGAGCGGGUGGUGCGCUGCGUGGAGGCCCAGGGCGGCCUCCUGAGGACGGUGCCCCACUCCCGGUGCAGAGCGCUGGCCCAGCAGCCAGCGGCCGUGGAGACCUGCAAUUCCCAGCCCUGCCCCCAGAGGGAGAUGCCAGACGCGUGCCCGUCGGCCUGUGGAACAGACCUGGCCGCGCAGAACAUGACGUGUGUGCAGGGGGCAGAUGGCGUGGGGGCGCCAGCAACUGCUGGGCCCUGCUCCGCAGACGAGAAGCCGCCUGCCCGUGAGCCCUGUAUCGAGGUGGCGUGUCCUCCAGGCUGGGGCCAUCCAGAUACCCAGUCUCCAGGAGAGAAGGCUGCAUCCCCAGCGGGCAGUGCCAGGCCAGAGGCUCAUGCUGCACACGUGUGGACUCUCUUGGCGGGGCCGUGCUCUGUCUCCUGUGGUCAAGGCCUGAUGGAGCUGCGUUUCGUGUGUAUGGACUCUGCCCUCAGGACACCCGUCCGGGAAGAGCUGUGUGACCUGGCAAGCAGGCCUGGGAGCCGGCAGGAGGUCUGCCAGGCUGCCCCGUGCCCGGCUUGGUGGCGGUACCAGCUGGCAGCCUGCAGCGUGACCUGUGGGGGCGGAGUCGCGCAGAGGAUCCUGUACUGCGCCCGGGCCCACGGGGAGGACAAGGCCGAGGAGAUCCUGCCGGACACCCAGUGCCAGGGGCUGCCUCGCCCAGAGCAGCAGCAGGCCUGCAGCCCGGAGCCCUGCCCGCCCAGAUGGAAGGUCAUGUCCCUUGGCCCAUGUUCAGCCAGCUGUGGUCUCGGCACUGCCACGCGCUUGGUGGCCUGUGUGCAGCUGGACCAAGGCCAGGACACAGAGGUGGACGGGGCGGCCUGUGUAGGUCUGGUGCGGCCACAGGCCAGCAUCCCCUGCAUCAUCGCCGACUGCACCUACCGGUGGCACGUCAGCGCCUGGAUGCAGUGCUCCGUCUCGUGUGGGGAUGGCAUCCAGCGCCGGCACGACGCCUGCCUUGGACCCCAGGCCCGGGUGCCCGUGCCAGCCGACUUCUGCCAGCAUUUGCCCAAGCCGGUGACGGUGCGGGGCUGCUGGGCUGGGCCCUGUGCAGGGCAGGGGACACCCAGCCCAGUGCCCCACGGGGAAUCCACUGCUCCUGGCCAGACCACAGCUGCCACUGCUUCCCCGGAGCGGCCCCAGCCCCAGGCCCGCCUCCUCUCCCCAGCUCCCCGGCCGCAAGGACUCCCGCCCGGGCCCCAGGAAAGCCCAGCAGAGUCCAGCGCCUGUGGCCGGCAGCACCUUGAGCCCACAGGAACCAUUGACAUGCGAGGCCCAGCGCGGGCGGACUGUGCAGUGGCCAUCGGGCGGCCCCUGGGUGAGGUGGUGACCGUCCGAGUCCUCGACAGUUCCCUCAACUGCAGCGCUGGGGAGAUGCUGCUGCUUUGGGGCAGGCUCACGUGGAGGAAGAUGUGCAGGAAGCUGCCCGGCAUGACUUUCAUCUCCAAAGCCAACACGCUGGUGGUGAGGCAGCGUCUUGUGCAGCUGCGAGGCGGAGUGCUGCUUCGGUAUUCGAGCCAGCCUGCCCCGGGAGCCUUCCACGGAGGAUGUGACAUGCAACUCUUUGGACCCCGGGGUGAAAUCGUGAGUCCAUCAUUGAGUCCGGAUGGGAGGAACAUGGGGGGCUGCCGAAUCUUCAUCAACGUGGCUCCACAGGCCCGGAUCGCCAUCCAUGCCCUGGCCAUGGACAUGGGCACCAGAACCGAGGAAACUGAUUCCAGCUACAUCUUGAUCCGGGAUAUCCACAGCCUGAGGACAACGACAUUUCGUGGGCAACAGACGCUCUACUGGGAGUCAGAGGGCAGCCAGGCAGAGAUGGAGUUUAGCCAGGGCUUCCUGGAGGCGCACACCAGCCUUCGGGGCCAGUACUGGACCCUCCAGGCUAGAGCUCAUUAGCCUGACGAUGCCCCCCGCAUCUCCAAGCACAUCCCUCAGUUGACCAGCGGGCACAGUGGCAUGCCUCCUCCCGGUCCGGGAAGGGAAAAGAAGGAACCUGACAUUUAUGAGCACCCGUUAGGUGCCUGGCUUUCCAAUUCGAAUUCCCUCCAAUCUUAAGUAUCGCCUUUAGGGCUUCCUCCAACGUGCAAAACGUUAGAGGGUGGGAGGGGAGACUCUCCGGAAAAGCAGCUCCCAGCCCCUCGGGUA